AUGCACCCGCCCGGCGCCCUGCUCGCCAUGGCCGAGGGCGCCUUCUCGCUGUCCGCUCCCGCGGCACGGAGCCCCGGGGGUAACCCGUCGAGGCUGCACAGCAUCGAGGCCAUCCUGGGGUUCACCAAGGAGGACGGGCUGCUGAGCCCCUUCCCUCCCGACGGCAGCGCCGGCAGCGCCAAGGCGGCGGAGCGGCGGGGUCCCCGGCACUGCCUCCCCAAGGGGCCCGGGGAGCCGCCGCCGGCCGAGCCGCAGGGCCGUGCCGAGCGCUUCCAAGGUGAGCGCGGCGGGCGGGAGGCGCCGGAGCCGUACUGCCCCGGCAGCGCCAGCCCCGAGCUGCCCGCCGGCAGCAGCGGCGAGGGGAAGCCGUCGGAGGAGGAGCAGCCCAAGAAGAAGCACCGGCGGAACCGCACCACCUUCACCACGUACCAGCUCCAUGAGCUGGAGCGCGCCUUCGAGAAGUCCCACUAUCCCGACGUGUACAGCCGGGAGGAGCUCGCCAUGAAGGUCAACCUCCCGGAGGUCCGCGUGCAGGUGUGGUUUCAGAACAGACGGGCCAAGUGGCGGCGGCAGGAGAAGUUGGAGGUGACUUCCAUGAAGCUGCAGGACUCGCCCAUCCUCUCCUUCAACCGCUCGCCACAGGCAACACCCAUGGGUCCUCUCAGCAGCAGCCUGCCCCUGGAGACGUGGCUGAGCCCGCCGGUGCCCAGCAGCACGGCCCUGCAGAGCCUGCCCGGCUUCGUGUCCUCGCCGCAGAGCCUGCCCGGCAGCUACACCCCCCCGCCCUUCCUGAACUCUCCGGCUGUGACCCACGCGCUGCAGCCCCUGGGGGCCAUGGGGCCACCACCGCCUUACCAGUGCGGGGCCACCUUUGUGGACAAGUUCCCCUUGGACGAGGCAGACCCGCGCAACACCAGCAUUGCUGCCUUGCGGAUGAAAGCCAAGGAGCACAUCCAGUCCAUCGGCAAACCCUGGCAGACAAUCUGAGCUCCCUCUUCAGCACCUGGGAGGACCCCACGGGCACGGCUGGUCCUGGGAUGACCAAGGGACACCCUUGCCCUGCUCCGGCUCCCCUGAACAGCCAG